CACGACUCUUGCGACCGACGCUUCCCCUGCCACCACGCCCCAUUGCCUCUCCACGCUGCGCCCACUGCUGCGCACACCUACUGAUCUCUCUUUCGCGUGAACUCACCACGCGCCACGCGUCUAUACAUCGCGCGGCAACAGCUUCGAGCUUUGGUGGAGAUCUGCCACGGAAGGCGCGACCUUGAAAACAGCACGCGCGUUCCCUGUAGCGUCAUCUGCUUCACGAGAGACGGCAAGAGCGCUUGUUUGCGCUUGUCCCCCUAGCUAGACGCUCACUCCAGAGCCGCCGUUUGCCCGCGCAGCUGCUUGCGAGCCGGCCUGGAGCGCUCCAUAGAGAGAGAGAGAGAUUGUGAACCUGCUUGAGCCCAUUCUUUAAGCUGCUGCACCCGUCAUCGCGUCUGUAUUGAGCCCAUCCCAUCCGCGUCAGACACCAUGGCCGACGAAACCCGCCGCUCUGGCCGCGCCAACAAGGGCCACCAUAGGAACCGAGACCUUGACGAGCCUGUGACGGCGCAGAAGCCGAAGGGAAAGGCAGCGAAGGGCGGCAAGAAGACCGCAACCCCAGCAGAGACGCCGACACACUCCGUUGAACCAGAGGAAGGAGCGGAGGAGGGCGGGGAGGAGGAGGAAGAGGAGGAGGAGGAGGAGGAGGAAGAGACGAUCUACCGCUGCGUAUGCGGUGUCCAGCGCGAGAUCGGCGGACGAGACAUGAUCUGCUGCGACAACUGCGACGCAUGGCAACACAACGUCUGCCUGGGCCUGCCCUCCAGCGCCGACUGGGGUGACAAGCCAUACUUCUGCGAGCAGUGCAGACCUGAAGACCACAAGGAGCUGCUGGCCGCGAUGGCGCGCGGAGAAAAGCCGUGGGCGCGCAAGAAGGGCUCCAAGAACAAGCCGCGCGCCAGCGACGUCAAGGGCGACUCGCAGACACCACAGCCAAGCAGCGCUCCAAAACAACCUGGGCCAAAACCACCGGUCGAGGCAACUCCCGCUCCUGCACCGGUAGCUAAAGAAGGCUCGAACGGCGCCACGGCAAAGACAGAAGAAGCUCCAAAGAGCCAUCCCCAGUCCCCACCGGGCGAGAAGCGCCGUCACGAGUCGAUCGCUGAGAAGGACACCAAGAACAAGAAGAGGCGCAAGUCAAGCCAACACCAGGAGAAGACGACUACGAAGAUCACCGACAUCGCCUCUCUUCCCGAGAAGCAGAGGGGUAUCGCGGAGAAGCUGCAAGAGAUCAUGGCGCCUCUGAUCGCAGAGGCUUCCGAUGCUAGAGGCUUCCGCAUCCCUGAUGGCCAGACGGCAAAGUCUCUUGCUACUCGCUUCGUCCUGCAGAUCUGCCACGCUGCUGUCGAGCACCACGGCGAGCCGUCCGGUCCAAACUCACCUUUCGCCGAACGCCUACGCACCAUCAUGUUCAACGUCAAGAAGAAUGCAUUCCUCAUCGAUCGUCUCUUGUCAGGCAGUCUGAAAGCUGACGAGCUGUCCACUAUGGCGACCGAGGAGAUGGCGAGCGAGGACAAGCAACAGGAAUAUGCUGCGAUGAGAGAGGCUGCAGAGAAGCAGCUCAUCCUGACGGAGGAGACCGCGCCUCGAAUGCGCAAGACACACAAGGGAGACGAGCUUGUGGAUGACGAGAACGCAAACGACAACACCGAGUUCCGCGCACCGCAGCUGAGGGAGCGGGUGGCCGAGGACGAAGAACAAGGCCUACGACCCAACUCUCCCGGUCGCGAUCGCCCCGCUCAGACUCCAGUCGAUGCAACCCACCCGCUUUCUGUCGACUCCGACAGUGCGCGACGACCCUCGACCAACUUCGACAUCAACUCCGUCUUCGACAAGGUCCGAUCGCCACAGAACAACGAACGUGCUUUCAUUCCCCGCAGACAGAGCUCAAUCCAGGAGAAGCCCCAACAGUCUGUCGAUGAUGCAGAUGUGGACCGGCUGCUCAAGGACGAAGACAAUGAUGUAGAGAUGUCUGGAUACUCGACUGACCCCACCGUAUGCUGGCAAGGAUCCAUCACCAUGCAGUCUAUGGAGCCAUUCGACGCCGUUGCUCGAUUUGUUGCGGGCGGCGACUUUGGUCAGGUUGUAUCUUGGGAGAAGCUGCUUACGAAGCAAGUGUCCAUUCAAGGCCGUAUAGAUCACGCCAAGGGUGAUGAGUACAUUCGCGGCAUCGCAAGGUCAGAAAGCCACGAGGUCGCUGUUCUGGCGAUCAGCCCAGUCUCCUCCGAGGGACGGGCAGUGUUCGACCAUCUGUACGAGUACUUCCAUUCCAGACAGCGCUGGGGCGUCGUGCCCAUCGAUUCGAGCAACGAGAUCUUGCGCGAUCUCUAUCUUAUCCCAGUCGAAGCUGGCGGCGGCAACCUAUCCCCUUUCAUCGACAUGCUCGAGCACUGCACUAUCGAGACACCGCGCAAGGACCACAUGCUGUUGCUCACCCUCGUUGCGAAGCUUCCGGAAGUCAAACCGCAGCUCCCUCCUACAGAACACUUUGAGCGCUACCCAGCGCAGGAGAUCUCGGCUGGUCAGAUUGCUCAGCCCGCACCACCGAUGGUCGCGCCCCAGAACGGCCCGCCUAACGGCCCAAGUCCAUCGCCAGUCACUACGAAUCCGCAUGCACCCCAAUAUUCGCCAAUGGCUGGCAACUUCCCUCCCGCACCAUAUGGCAACCCUUACGCCGCACCACCCAUGGCCACUGCACCACCGCUGCCUCAACCCGCUGCGAACGCCCCGGCGCACCACCGCAUUCCCAAAGCCCUUGAAAUCCUCGGACCGUACAUCGACUCACCUGUUGUCAUCCAGAUGCUGAACAGCUUCAGUCAGAACGAAGCAGUGGCGCAGAAGCAGAUGUCCAGCUUGAGGGAUAUCUUCGAUCAGGUCCCUGAGGCGAGGGAGAACAUCCAGGUCCUCACACAGCAUCUGGCGCAGAAGAGUGAGCAGCCGCAGCAGCAGCAGCAGCAGAACGCGUCGUAGAAGAAGCGCGACAGCUUUAUGGAACCGCUUGAGCCGCUUGAGCCGCCGCGCACACCGUUCAACGCGCAGGGCACGAAGCAGGACUGGAUUAUGAAAGUCAUGCGCGUUUCAGAAAAGUGGUUGGCUCGAGGAGGAAUGUGAUUGUUUGAGGACUAAAAGUACGGAGGGAGGUGGGCUUGUGGAUGGGUGGAGCAUGUCGUUCUUUUGCACCGUUGUUUUCGUCUUGAUACCCCAUAUGUGGAGCGGCGAUGGGGGCUCUGUGUCGAUGUGAUUGGAUAUUGAAAUGUUAUUUGUACUGUACACACGAUCGCUG